AUGCAUUCACUAGAAUCUCUUGAUCUAUCAGGAAACAAUCUUUCAGGGAUGAUCCCACAGAGUAUGUCUGCACUGACGUUUCUUAGCCAUCUCAACUUGUCACACAACAACUUAUCGGGAAGAAUUCCAACAGGAAGUCAGCUCCAGACACUCAAUGAUCCAUCCAUAUACACCGGCGGCGAUAACCAGCUUUGUGGUGGCCCGCUAGCAAUCAGGUGCAAUAGUGAUCAGGUCCUGCAAUUAGGAAGAAACGCUGAGGAAGAUGAAGACGAUGACAGUGUUGAGAAGAUGUGGAUUUAUGGUGUAACGAGCGGUUUCAUAACAGGGUUUAUGGGAAUAUUGGGAAUCCUGGCUCUUAUGAGCAGAUGGAGACGUGCUCUCUUUAAUUUUGUAGGAGAGUACAUUUUGAAGACAAUAUGGUCUCUUGUACAUGGCAGCAUUAAUGAUUUGCUUAAAGAGGAACACAUAAUCAUGCAGAAGCUAUUAUGGGUUGAUGGGUUCUUUCUCCUGUUGAUUUUAGCAGCCACACAUCUCAGUUGUUGUUCCUGUUCUGGUUGCUUUGAUCAUGAGUGGCGGGCUCUUCUCCGAUUCAAACGCAGCGUGUCAUCGGAACCUCCUGGUCUACUUUCAUCAUGGAAUGGAGAAAAGAAUUGUUGCGAGUGGGAAGGCGUGGAGUGCGAUAAUGCAACCGGACAUGUUACUGGGCUUCAUCUCGGAAGAGAUCCUUUGGAUAUUACACCGGAGUUAAAGGGAAACAAGUUGGAUUUGUGUUUGGCCGAGUUGACUCAUUUGAGUUACAUGGACUUGAGUGGGAAUGAUUUCCAUGGCAUCCGGAUUCCUGACUUCAUUGGAUCCAUGAGACAACUCAGAUUUCUGGAUCUUUCUUCUGCGGGUUUUUCUGGCGUAGUUCCUCCUGUAAUUGGAAACCUGUCGAGUUUGCGUGUGCUUCACCUCAGUUACAACCCGGAAUUGGUGGUUGAUGAUUUCGCAUGGUUUUCAAAUCUUUUGUCGCUCCAACAUCUUGAUCUGAGCGGAUUGAGCCUUGGUAUUGGUAAAGCUUGGAAUCUAGACAAGGUACUCUUAUCUAUGAUCCCUUCUUUGAUAGAGUUACGUUUGUCGGAAUGCAAGCUUUCUAAUUCUCAUUUCAAUCAUCAUCUCAAUCUUACGCUUUCUACCAUUCAAACGCUUGAUCUUCAUUUGAAUUCCAUCGGAGGCAACUUCCCUCACUUUUUACAAAAUUUGACCUCUUUACGAGUUCUCGAUCUUUCCAACAACAAACUCAAUUCUUCGAUUCCAGUCAUGAACAGCAUCGUCGAACUUGAUCUCUCGGAAAAUAAAUUUCCGCGUAUUCAUGAUGUUGGGGUCUGGAGUUUCAGUCGUUUAAAAAGUUUGGAUCUUUCAUUCAAUGAUAUGGAAGGGGAACUCGUGGGGCCAGGGCCAUCAAGUAAUGUUUCCCGAUUUGCUCUGGAGACUCUGAGACUAAGCUAUAACAGGUUUUGUGGGGAAAUCCCAACAUCACUGCAAAGGCUAACAUCCUUGACAAGUUUGUAUCUUGAUAACAACAAGUUAACGGGAAAAAUCCCAGAAGCCCUUGGAUAUAUAACGAGUUUGCAGGAAUUGUAUCUAACUCAGAACCAAUUAACAGGUUCGAUUCCUGCGUCUUUAGGAAACCUGAUGAUGUUACAGAAACUGGAUUUAUCGUCCAACCUCCUCAUAAACGGGACAAUUCCAGAUACCAUCGGAAAGCUUUCUAAACUUGAGUUUCUUGAUAUAUCCAAUGCUUCUUUAUCUGGUGUAAUCACCAAAGCCCAUUUUGCCAACACAUCAAUGUUAAAACGCUUGUAUGCAACCUCCAACCAUAGAUUGAGCUUCAAGAUUUCUCAUGAUUGGAACCCUCCUUUCCAAAUAAUUGGCAUUAACCUCAGAUCUUGCAGAAUUGAAUCAGAAUUUCCACCAUGGAUUCGAACACAGAAAUCUCUUGUCCUACUGAACCUUUCGAAUACCAGCAUCUAUGGACCUCUUCCAGAUUGGCUUCACGACCUCCCUGCCAUUAUAAACUUUGAUCUCUCCCACAACUUUCUCGACGGACCAUUGACAAACCUCCCAUUCACCCAAAGAACCGAUAUGUUGGUUCUAAAGAACAACCUCUUCAACGGAUCAAUUCCAAAGUCACUGUGUAACGCUACAAAAUUAAAUAUUCUAGAUCUUUCUAGAAAUAUGCUAUCUGGGAUCCUUCCAGAAUGCAUCGGGGAUCUCCGCAUACUCAAGGCUAUGAUAUUAAGUUCCAACCGGUUAUCGGGUGUCAUCCCAAGCUCUCUAGGCAAUCUUGGUUCUUCACUAGAAUGGUUACAACUAAACAACAAUAGUUUCCAUGGCCAACUUCCCGACACCCUAGCAAAUUGCACAAGUUUAACUGUGUUGGAUUUGGGCGAAAACCAACUCUUCGGAAAUAUACCAAAAUGGAUCCAUGAAAAGUUCGAGUUUCUCAGGGUUCUCAGGCUGCAUACAAACGGUUUCAAGGGUCAAAUUCCUAUAGCGUUGUGUGGAUGCACCAAUCUCCAAAUCAUAGAUCUCGGAGCUAAUAACUUAACGGGACCAAUCCCGGUUUGUUUCCAAAACAUGUUAGGAAUGACCAGAGUUGAUUCCAAUCUUUAUUUUUCAGGCGGGUUCGACCAGAGUUUGAUCCAAGUAGUCGGAGGAGUCCCACUUGAAUAUACAACAACAUUAGGAAUGGUCGUCAACAUGGACCUUUCGAGCAAUAAACUAAUCGGGGAAAUACCCGAGGAGUUGGUACUUCUUACAGGAUUGCUAGGUCUUAACCUGUCAAACAAUCACCUCAUGGGUCACAUUCCAUAUAGAAUCGGUGAUAUGCAUUCCCUAAUAUCUCUUGAUCUUUCUCAAAACAAUCUUUCAGGGAUGAUCCCUCAGAGCAUGUCUAGAUUGACGUUUCUUAGUCAUCUCAAUUUGUCACAUAACAACUUAUCGGGGAGAAUUCCAACAGGAGAUCAGCUGCAGACGCUCAUUGAUCCAUCCAUAUACGCGGGCAAUAGCCAGCUUUGUGGUGGUCCGCUGCCACACAAGUGCAAGAGUUAUCGAGUCCCGCAAAUUGGAAGAAACACUGAGGAAGAAGAUGACGAUGUUUGGAAGAUGUGGAUUUAUGGUGUAACAAGUGGUUUCAUAACUGGGUUUAUGGUAAUAGUGGGAAUUUUGGCGCUUGUGGACAGAUGGAGAAAUGCUCUCUUCUAUUAUGUGGGAGGUUGGAUCGGCAAGGAACUCUGA